AUGUCUCCCUCGCCCACCCCUCAACCCUGGGACCAGUGGUCGCAACAGCAGCAGCAGCAGCAGCAGCAACAGCAGCAGCCCCAACAUCACUCUGGAUAUCCCCUGAUGGAUCAGUCUGUGUUCCCUCAGUAUGCCUCCCAGCCAACACAGUAUGAUCCCAGGACAAGCCAGUAUGAUCCGAGAACUGUUGUCACCUCUGGUCCCCUCGUCGCACCUCACAUGGCUACUCACUAUGUGACAGCACCAGCCUAUGGUGCAUCUCCCAUCUCGAACAUGAAGCCUCACUUCCCCGCACAGACUCACUACUCCUACGGGCAGUACGACCAGCCUGCGGGCCACCUAGCCAUGGCUUACUCUUCGCAUCCCGCCUCCCCAAUGACCCCGGGUCCCAUGAACACAAAGGAUAUUACCUACAACAAGCCUGCUCUUCAGAAGAGGAAAGAUAAGGAGGAGCUUGCAAGCAGCAACUCCUCCGAGGCUGGUGCUGGCAGCGUCAAGUCAGAACCCUCUUCCCCUCAUCCAUCCAGUACAGAUGGUAGCCAGGAAACUACCGACAAGGUGAAGAAGUACAGGUGUCCCUACGACGGAUGCCCCAAGAGCUUCCAGCAGAGCACACAUUUGGAAACACACAAGCGCGCCCAUACUGGCGACAAGCCCUACAAAUGCGAGUGGCACGGAUGCGGACGUCGAUUCUCGCAACCUGGCAACUUGAAGACACACACCCGACUUCACACUGGCGAGCGCCCUUUUGAGUGCGAGAUGUGUGGAACCUGCUUCGCGCAACGCGGCAACUUGACUGCGCACAAGGCUACACACAGCAAGACGAAGCCCUUCGUCUGCAAACUUGACACAUGCAACAAGUGCUUCACGACACGCGGAAAUCUCAAGAACCACCAGAAUAAGUAUCACAAGGAGACAAUCGCCCAGCUUGUUGACUGGAUCAUUUCUCUUACGGACGUUGACGCUCUGUCGCCCAAAGACCGUGACCUGCUCUGGUACUUUUCCAAUAUCUACAAGAACAGCAACAAGGGCAUCAAGGGUCGAGGUCGCGACCGGCGAGUCAGCGAGGUCCGCAUGGGCAAGACAAAACUCAACUCGCCCGGUAUGGGCCUUCCACGAUCAAAGAUGCUAGACUCCUCCUUCUCCCGCCUUGGACUCGGCUUCUGA